CACGGCCUGCCCGGAAGUGUUGCCAUGGCGGCGCUGAGCGGCCUAGUGUCUUCGCUGGAGUCCUAUAGAGGCCGGGACCGCUUGAUUAGGACUUUGAGCUAUGGCUGUCAGUUGAUUGGUGGGCUCCUGGCUGAACAGUCUUCUGUCAAAUCUGAAGUAGGGAAGAGGCUUCUGGUGAUAUCUGCACAGCUCAGCCACUGCAGGACCAUCUUGCGGUUGUUUGAUGACCUGGCUAUGUUUGCAUACAGCAAGCAGUAUGGCCUGGGUGCUAAGGAGGAAGAUGCUAUCAUCCGCUGUCUGUCCGUCAUCAGUAACCUUGCUGAUCAGCUCUAUUACCCCUGUGAGCACGUUGCCUGGGCCGCUGAUGCUAAGAUUAUUCACAUCAACUCUACCAGGUGGUGGAUACUAAGUACGGCCCUCUGGGGCCUUUCACUUCUCCUAGGAAUUGGACGAUCACUGAAGAUUAUACUGAAUCUGAGAAGGAAAUUGAGAAAUCCUGAAAGAUCUGCUAACAAAUCUUUUAGAAGAGAAACGAAGAUGAUUGAAACUCAGGUGAAGUCAGAAAUUUUAACCCUUCUUAGCAAUUUGGCUGAUCUAGCCAACGCCAUCCACUGGUUGCCUCCAGGAUUCCUCUGGGCAGGACGAUUUCCUUUCUGGCUAGUGGGUCUCAUGGGCAGCGUGUCCUCUCUCAUUAGUAUGUACCAAGCAUCUGGGCCUCACUCUGAAAAGUCUGAUGACUCUUGACAUUGAUGACUGGUUUGAGGAAUACAUGAAUGUGACUGAAAACUCUUGAUCAGAGCAGGGGGUUAUUAGGAUAAAGGCUGGGCUUUUAAUUGCUCAGAAUAAUAAGAUGACUGAGAAAUUUAAGAAAGAGAUCCAAAAAUUACUACUGCUGGAGGGGGAGAAACAGGACAGGGAAGUUUAAUUUAAAGGAAGAAGACCAUUGGGAGAUGUGUGGGCCUGAGGGGUUUUUCCCAUGGGACAGAAGUGAGACAUCUUUUGGCCUCUUGUUUUGCAAAACUCCAGCAGUGUCACAGUGGAUUCAGAAGGAUAGUUCAGGCAUUGCCACCUAUGGAAAGAACCUUGCUAUUCAUAGUCCUUGGAGAGGGAAAGUUGGGAACCUGGCUGAGCAGGCUCUGGUACCCCCAGCUCUCUGGCCAUUCCUUCCCCUCAAACCCCAGAGCACCAGGUUUUUUGUUGGUGGGAUGUUGUGGAAUUGCCAGUAUUUGUAGGCAAAGGCUAGGACUUCCCAGCUGUUCAGGGCUUGCCCUGCAGAGAGAGGACCAAAUACCACCUUCCUCAGGUCAGCUUAAGUUCUAAACCUUGGCAAGCCCUCCUGGGGAUUUAGCUUUGUGAAUGGUUGGGCUAUUCUGCAGACCACAGACUUCUCAGGGAUCAGCCAACGUUAGUAUCUAAUAGACUGCUUUUGCCUUACCUUAGAUUUGUCUUCAAAUAAUAUGUUAGAAAAGGGGAUUUCUUUUAGCUUGGCUGACUGAAAUUCAGUUCCUUCUCACUUUUUUGUUAGACAACAGGAAAUGUAUCUUUUGCUGACAUUUGAAAAGCUGUGAGAUGUAGCAGAAAGCACCCUGGGCCUGGGAAUCAGGGGCCUUGGGCUCCUAUGAGGACUUGGUGCGUUCAUCUAGCCUCUCUGGGCCUGUCUCCUAGCCUAUAAUAAUAUUUGCUCUACUUUUUUCCACAAAUAUAACAAAGAUCAAAUGAGGUAUCUAUAACACCACAGGACUGUGAGGCAAUAUUAUCCUUGGCAUCUAAAAGCAAAUCAACUAGAUUUUGAUUUUGAAAAUAAGUUUUUAAAAUAUUAUGUGCUAAUGACAAACUGAUGAAACUUUGCUCUGAUAUAGAAGAAUCAUCUAAUAUGUAUCCAAUAAUAAAAUGG